CCCUCGGCGAGGCUCUUCGCUGCUUCAAUCUAAUUUCUGUCCGAGGAGAGAGAUUCAGUCUGAACUCUCAAUGGCUCGCAAUUGCAGGUAUUCUUGCGAGACAGCAGUUCAAACUCUAGAAUGGAUUAACGCCAUAAUCGCUUUCCUCAGACCUCACAGGUUUUUAUGUGAUGCUCAUGUCGUCAAUUUCUUCAAGGAUAGGUUAUGGGAAUCUGUUGAUGAGCAGUGGAUGGAAUGCCUUCGGGUAGAACCUGUUGAGAAUCUUCUCAAAAUCCCGUCUGGAAUGGUCCAGGAUUACUGGCCUUCUUCACUUAAGGAAUUUAUUCUUGUAUUGCGAUCUCUUGUGCUUCCUCAAGAACAGACAGCGUUGCAAAUGAUGUUUCCCAAUUUGCAUGUAGCUUCUCUUAGUAGUGUUCUUACCCAAGGCAUGAAUCUGAAGAAAAAACAUGAGGUGGAAAUUCUAGCUGCUAUUGUUAAUUCAACUGCAAGAAAAGUUGGGGGCCAGACAAUAAUUGAUGUUGGUGCUGGUCAGGGUUAUCUUGCACAAGUACUAUCUUUCCAGUACCAUCUCUCUGUAGUUGCAAUCGAUGCUUCUUCUCAUCUUGGGGAAGUUACAAGUGCUAGAGCAGAGCGAAUCAAGAAGCACUAUUUGUCAAAAAUGCGUAAAGCUCGAGCAGCUAAUGCGUAUUUGAGUGUGCCCCAGACAGUCACCUGCCGUGUUUUGUCAAGUGAAACAUUGAAAGCUUUGAGCGAUUAUUUGCUUCAUAAUGAUAAUGAUGAACAGUCAAAGCAUAUUGUGGAAGGUGUAGCAGAUGUGGGGAAAGAACCCUCAUUGUGCAAUGAUCCAAACAACGAAUCUUCAUUGGUUCUUGCUGGACUUCAUGCUUGUGGAGACCUUUCAGUUACCAUGCUCAGGACUUUUUUGGAGUGCAGAGAAGUCAAAGCAGUGGUUAGCAUCGGCUGCUGUUACAACUUGCUAUCUGAAGAAGGUUCUGAGAAUACUGGUCCUCAGUGUGGUUUCCCAAUGAGUGAAAGUGCUAAAUUGGCUGGCUUUUCUUUUGGCAAAAAUGCCCGUGAUCUUGCUUGUCAGAGUGCAGAGAGGUGGAGAAAUCUCACCAGAGACGCAGCUCUUCAGAAUUUUGAUUUGCAUGCUUUCCGUGCUGUCUUUCAGAUGGUUCUUUGUAGAUAUUAUCCGGAAGUCUGGAAAGCAAGCCCUUCGAUUGGGAGGAAAGGCAAAGCUUUGCGCCGUCAACAGCAGAGGAGAGUUCUGGAGAGUAAUCUGCGUCUAGAAGAAUAUGGCCAGUCAUGCUCAACCUCAGACAUUGAUUCACUCUCUCCCAAGAUAUCUUCUAGCAACAAUAUGGGAGAAGGGUCUCAGUCUUACACUGUUGACAAGUGCUCCCUAUUUGAAAAUUUCUGCAAGUCUGGACUAUGUCGCCUGGGUCUUGUACCUUCACAGGAGAUUGAUUUUUUAGGAGUAUGGAAGGAAGCUCAACAUUUUUCUGAACUUGUGGGACCAUACUGGUCUCUUAGGGCUGCUUUGGGGCCUCUAUUGGAAACUCUGAUUUUGCUUGAUAGGUUGCUGUUCCUUCAGGAACAAGGCAAUAUGGUGGAAGCAACUGUUGUACCUAUAUUCGAUCCUAGAUUAUCACCACGUAAUGUGGCCAUAAUUGCUUGGAAAAAAGAUCCAGAUUUUAUUCUGUAGACUGACUUGGUAAUUUUCUGUCUUACUCUGAGCACCCCGUCUGCACACACACAUACACACACACACACAUCUGUGCUUGGAUCUGCUCACCAAGGCAUACAUGCAUGGUGCUCAUCCAUCCAGGUCUGGGUGAUUAACUCCACCAAUGUCAUGUUAAUUGGAUUAGGUCCUUUGAGAAACUGAUUUCUCUUACAC